UGCUGAGGCCGUGGAGAGAGCAGGAGGUGCUGAGUGGGAAGAAGACAUGGCGGGGAGGAGCUUGAGAAAGUAUAAACUUGGAUGCGUUUAAGCUGUGCUAAAAAGCCUCGGCGCGCUAAAAACGAUGCCAGAACGGGAACGAAGGACACGAACAGCCCGCCACAUCGCGUCCAAACACGGUGGAUAUUCCCUGAACCUUUCCUUCUGUCACUGAAGGCUCCGUGAGGACGACUCGGGUCCGAAAGACUCGCAUCAGUCGUUGGCGAACCGAGAGUGGAGCUUCACAGGCACGGCAGGCGACUCCCCCCCCCCAACAACAACAAGAAACACAAUGGGAUUUGUGCGACUGAGGAGAAGGAACGUGUCCAGCCCAUGUGCCUCAAACAUGACCACGUUUAGGUUGCUGUUUUUCACGCUGUGUGCUCCCGGAGUGCUGUCCUUCACCCCAAUGGCGAGCGUGUAUCCUCAGGAUCCGGCCCUGCUGAUUGGUUCCAGCCUGACGGCCACAUGCUCGGUCAACCCGGACCACGGCCUGCACGCCGGCUCUCUUUACUGGACGCUAAAUGGCAAGCGUCUACCCAGCAGCACCUACAGCAUCCUGAGCCCCACUGUCCUCAGCGUCACUCUGAAAAACCUGAGUGGGUCACGCCAGCGCUCCGGUGACAACCUGGUGUGCCACGGCGGCAGUGGCCACGUGCUGGCUGGCUCCUGCCUCUAUGUGGGCAUGCCGCCUGAGAAGCCAGUCAACCUUACCUGUUGGUCCAGGAACACAAAAGACCUCACCUGCAGAUGGGCUCCUGGGGGCCAGGGGGAAACUUUCAUCAAGACCAAAUACACUCUGAAAUACAAGCUCAGGUGGUACGGGCAGGAGAAGGAGUGUGAGGACUACAGCGCAGGGCCGUACACGUGCUACAUCCCCCGCGACCUCGCCCUCUUCACGCCUUACGAGAUCUGGGUGGAGGCCUCCAACCAGCUGGGAAGCGCCACCUCGGACGUCAUCAGCCUGGAUAUCCUAGACGUGGUGACGACGGAUCCUCCGGCAGACGUCCACGUGAGCCGAGUGGGUGACCUGGAGGACCAGCUGACUGUUCGCUGGGGAACGCCACCAGCCCUCAAGGACUUCCUCUUCCAGGCCAAGUACCAGAUCCGCUACAGGCUGGAGGACAGCACCGAGUGGAAGGUGGUGGAUGACAUGGGGAACCAGACGUCAUGCAGGCUGGCUGGACUGAGGCCCGGGACGGUCUACUUCGUGCAGGUUCGCUGUAACCCCGUGGGCAUCUUGGGCUCAAGAAAAGCCGGAAUCUGGAGCGACUGGAGCCACCCGACCGCAGCGUCCACACCACACAGUGAGCGGCUGCUGACGGGAUCGUGCGACUCCAAGGCGGGACAGCAGAACUCAACGCUGCGACGGGACCUGAAACAGUUUUUCGGCUGGGUCCGCAAGCGAGCCUACGGCUGCAGCGGCAUGAGCAUCAAGCUGUACGACCAGUGGCGGGUCUGGCUGCAGAAAUCCCACAAAACUCGAAACCAGGUUCUUCAAGGAGAUAAAUCAUAGCACGUCGCUCCUGGCUGGAUGGGAUGCUUGACGAGGGCAACGCCGCGGAAGGGCUUCGCUUUUUUUCUCAAGCCAGCUGCUACAGCAGGACUUUAGGAGGAACGUUGAAACGGACCAAAACGGCCAGAAGUCCGCCUGCUGGACGCUGCUUUAAACUGUGCCUUUCUUAUUUUUUCCUCAAAUGCCUUUCAGUACAGGAAAACAACCUUAUUUUCAUUUUUGACUGACAGUAGCCAUGGCGACCAUAUGGAGGAUGAAAGGAGAUAUCUUGGCGAGAAUGUGCUCAGUGGAUCGCAGCGGGUGAGCGAUUCAUCAGAAGCUGAAAUUUGCACAUUUGCUCCGAGGAUGACCUGCGUCCUGCGUUCGUUUCUGUGACGCUUCCAAACCGGUUUUUCCGUUUAGUGCACCUGCAGCACCAGCGAGGCGCAGGCAAGCAGAAUCUGCGCCGGAAGUUUUAUCUUACUGCAGAAAUAGUAUUGAACGUCCAGUCUUUCCAAAGAUCCAGAGAGACCAUUCAAGAGUUUCUAGUUCUGUGACUGCACAUAGUUUUGGUUAGGUAUACCUCACCGUGGAGAAGGAGGAGGAGAAGAUAGAUAACAAAAAAUGCUUCAAGGGAAACUUGAAACUUGAGUUCAGUGAAGGUGAAACAUUUAAAGAAGGUUCAGAAAAAAUCAGAAUUUGGACAUUUUUCCCAAAUGUAGUUGAUCAGAUCAGAACACAUUUGAUCUGAAGUGUGCUUGUUUAGCUAUGAGGCUAAUAUAACUAAUUGGGCUGAGCCUCUAGCUGCAAGAUGCAAACAAUAUACUUGUCAUUGACGCCUAGAACACUUGUUUUGUUUUUUUUACUAAAGUAAUGACGACUAGUUGACUAUUUUUUGAAUGACUAGUCAAAAAUUAAUAGUCAUGCAAACCCUAUACACUUAAAAAAGAUGGUUCUUCAAGGGUUCUUUAGAAAAGGCAGUGGUUCUAUUUGAAAUCAUGAGUUCUAUAUAGAAUAAUUUUAU